CUUUGCUGUAAGAUUAUAUAUAAGCAGUGAUACUAUGUGAAGGAGACUUUAUAAUUGAUAUGUAACCUAGUUACCGCUUAUCGCGCAUCGUUGAGGCCAAGUGCUUUUCAUCGCAACAGUCUGGCCAGUUUAGGAGAGCUGCCCUAAUAAAAUGUCAACUCUUACGGAACACGUUCUUGCCGGAAGCAAGCCAUAGGGGCUGACAGCUGCAGACGUGGGUCGGCUCGCGACGUAAGGUGCCUCCAUCCGCGAAAGCUCAACAGACGACAUGCGGGAGUCCCUCAGUAGCGGCUCUGCUGUGAACUACCUGGCCCGGAUCCCUGGGGCCCUCACCGAGGCGCAGCUGCUCGCGAACCUCGGGAAGGCCGAGCAGGAUCUGCGCAAACGCCAGGCCCUGGACCACCUCCAUAACCUGCGAGGCAAGGCCUUGGAGCCGUUGUUUUACGACUUCCGCAGCUCGCUGCUGCUCCAACUUAGCGCUUCGUACAAGCCGCUGGUGGAAGCCUGCCGCAGCUUCAGCGAGCUCAACAAGCUGCUCACGUCAUUUCGCACUGGCAGCGCGGCGGAAGAGCAGCUCCUGAGGGCCUGCAAGGCCUUCUGCACUGAAUACGACCUGUCGGCGGAUUUUUGGGUGCAGUUCGCCGCUGUGGGAGACGUCAAUACUGUGCAGAACAGCCGCGUGCACUGUUCCGUUGUGGAGAGUGUCAGCUUCCUCAGCUCAGUCUGCGACCAACCCGACGCUUUCCCGGAGUUCGAUGAUGCGUGGGCCAUGGUUGAGGCCCUGGUCAAUUAUGGCGGUAAGCACGCGAAGGCUCUGGAUGCUGACGCAGAGGCAGAGCGCCGGGCUGUAGCCAAGGCCACUGCCGAGUUCAAGCAGCGCCGGCGGCAGAAGCAACAACCGAAGUGACGAAAUUCACUGAGUGAGUGGAGGCGCCCGGGUGGGCAGAUAGUGAAGAUGCUGCACGCUGGGCCGCUUGCGUGACAUAUGCUUGUUUGAGGUCCUGUCCUGC